GAUCGUCAGUCCACUCGUCCCCGCGCGCAUGUUUGUUACUCACCACUAAAACCCGGAUCUCCCGCGCAUACAUCGUCUUCAAAUGGGAAACUUUUACUUUCGAAGGAAAUUAUAAAUUCAAGGAUCUCAGUGCCAGUGUACGUGCCUGUGCUUUGCAGAAUAAUAUGCAUGUGACGGAAUACUUUUGACAUAUAAUUUGUUAUGAUAAAAAGAGACAAUCGUAAAAUGUUUCUGUGUGUAUGUCUCGUUAUUUGGAGCGCUGCCCUCGUGCCGGCUCUGGCCCAAGAUGACCGGCGAUGUGGUCACCCAGCAGUGCCGCCUAACGCGCGGGUGACGCUAACCAGCGACACCGCCAUCACGCCCGGCGCGGUCGCUACGUACGAAUGUGACGAUGGUUACGAAUUGUUCGGAGCGCACCAGAGGGAGUGCACAUUGAGAGGCGAUUGGACUGCGGAACCGCCAUUUUGUGGUACAAAUGUCGCCUUUAGAAAACCAGCUAACCAAUCAACGACAGUCCGCGGAGGGGCGGCGGCUAACGGUAACGAUGGCGAGAAGACGACCGAACACGACGGCAAGAGAUGCACAGAGACGCAGCGCGAGGCCUCGCCCUGGUGGCAAGUCGACCUGCUCAGGCAUUACGCUGUCAAAGUUGUCAGAGUCACCACCAGAGGAUGUUGCGGUCAUCAGCCACUUCAAGACCUAGAAAUACGAGUCGGUAACAGCAGUACAGAUCUCCAAAGGAACCCUUUAUGUGCCUGGUUCCCAGGAACAAUAG